GGUUGUAGGCAGAUAUAUGAAAUUGUUCUUCAGGAUCUGUUGCGACGGAGCUAUUUCCCCUUUCGCUGUCUGCAUUGUACUGCCACCGGACGAUCGCAUCUGUUCGUGGUACACAUUACACAAGUUCGUAUACGAGGGAUCGGCACCAUCUUGGCUUUCCUCCGCGAGGCUGAGAAAUGCCGCCGGCCUCAGAAGAAGUGCUGUUUUGUUCUCCUGUUACAUAUCUCUCCUUUCUUCUUCAGUCAUAUCUAUCGUGGAAUAUCGUGAUAUUGGCUUCCAAGGUCUAGCAACCUCGUGAUGAUGCGUUGCCUAAUCCUGUUAGGAAUAUUCCUACAAUUCGCAUGCCAAAUCGCCUUGGCAGCAACAACAAAAGAAGACCGGCAAUGCUGGUUUUUCAAUGAUCGACUAGCACCAGACGACGUGCCCUGCAGCGACGAAUACUACACUCACUGCUGCGGCAAAGGCGAAGUUUGUCUAUCGAACGGGUUAUGCAUGAACACCGGCCAUCAACCAUACGUGCUGGCAAGACGAAGCUGCACAGAUAAAGACUGGCAAAUGGGCAGUUCCUGCACAAAGGAGUGCCAUUAUAAUAACCCAAGCGGUGGCAGCACAAUAUCCCUCGCCACCGAAGAUGGCGAGAACAACUAUUUUACCUACUGCUGCGGCCAGCCGGUGGUCGCCGAGAAUGGAACCAUAGGUUGUGAUGGAGAUCGCACCCCCUUUACUCUGGACAGCGGCGAGAUGCUGUAUGGCUACGCAGCGUUGGAGAACACCACUACGACCGCUCCCAAGUCAUCAAACAAGAAAGAAGUCGCCAUCGGUGUCGGGGUUGGGGUUCCGCUGGGUGUUAUUGCCGCGUCGGCUAUUGCUUGGGCUAUAUGGGAGAGAUUACAGAGGAAGAAGGCGCUGGGUGCGGGUACUGGGUCUGCGAUGGCGGCUGGAGAUGCUGCGGCUCCGGUGUAUCAGCCGGUCAUGAAGCCUGAUUCUUAUAUGCCUGCGGUUCAGAAUGUGCCGGUGUCGGUACCGGUGGAGUUGGAGCAGCUUUCGCGGCCUAUUCCGGAGUUGCAGGGGUCGCAUAGGAUGUAAAUGCUUUCGUUAUAGAUUUUGUUAUUAUCGUUAUAUACGCUGUUUUACUAUAAUUAAUAUAAAUGGAUGGCACGAAAUGAAACCCGCAC